GGAGGGUUGUCGAGAAAUUUCGGGGUUAUUAUUGUGGAUGGAUGGACCGUCGACGACGCCGGGGCCGCUGGGGAUGAAUUUUCCGAUUAUGCACGACACCGACAGGUACGAGCUGUGGCCAGGUGCCAUUUUUGCAACGAGAAGUGCGAACAAGAGUAUCAUCGCUCUAUCUUGCCUUCAUGGUUGAACCCAGCUGAGCCCAGCCCGCAAAGCGUUUCACCUUUCUCGAAGGUCUCGGUGAUCAGACAACAGAAUGUCCAGGGCAGCAAACGUAUCUUGUGCGGCCGAGCUCGUGGUCUGAUGGUCCUUGGGGUCUGUUUCUUGGAGAAGGCAGAGAAAGUCAUGCUAGAGCUGCUGGCCGCCUGGGAAAAGGCCCUUGAGAUGAAAGUCGACAUAGUGUUUGGGAUGGUUUUCUUUGUGGCCUUUAAGCGUAUAGCAGAAGCUGAAUCAGAGGAAUUGUACAAGAGGUUUAAGAGUUUUAAGAGACGAACAUAUUUCGAUCCGGCAAGGGAAAAAUUCAGAGCAGCCACUGGAUUGGGACGAUUACAAGUCGAUGAGGUUGUCUUUGAGACAAUGAGGUUGGCCAAUGUGGUCAAUGUGGAUUUCUUGUUCCAAAAGGCUGGAGAACAUAUGUCUACACGAGAGAGGUCAAUUAUGACCCAAUUCUCUAUCAAGAGCCCCUUAAAUUCAAUCCCUGGAGAUUGGCUGGAUAAGAACUUGGAAUCACAUAAUUAUUGCUUUCUGUUGGGAGGAGGAACUAGGCUUUGCCCUGGGAAAGAACUGCCGGGAUCAAUCAGCAGGCUAAUGCAAUCAGAGGUUGGUGGGAGUGAAGUAGGUUUCGCGAGCAUACACCCAACUUGGAAUUGUCACAAUAUCAGUUUUUCUUCACUAUUUUGUAACUACAUGCAGAUUAGGAAUAUA